ACGUGGGUGGGGGAGCUGAGCGCUGAGACCAAGGGCUAAAGCUGCGGGGUGAGUCAGUCACCUUGAGCCGGGCGAGCGCUGUGGCCGAGCAGGAGUGCAGACUGGAAAAAUGCAGGCUACCGGGGCGCUACUCGUUUCUCCGGCUCUGAUCCGCUGUUGUACCAGGGGUCUCAUCAGGCCUGUGUCUGCCUCCUUCCUGAAUAGGCCAGAGAAUUCAUCUAAGCAGCCUUCCUUCAGCAGCUCCCCACUCCAGGUGGCCAGACGGGAGUUCCAGACCAGUGUCGUCUCCCGGGACAUUGACACAGCAGCCAAGUUUAUUGGUGCUGGUGCAGCCACAGUUGGUGUGGCUGGUUCAGGGGCUGGCAUCGGAACGGUGUUUGGCAGCUUGAUCAUUGGCUAUGCCAGGAACCCGUCUCUCAAGCAGCAACUCUUCUCCUAUGCCAUUCUGGGCUUUGCCCUGUCUGAGGCCAUGGGGCUCUUCUGUUUGAUGGUCGCCUUCCUCAUCCUCUUCGCCAUGUGAGGCUCCAUGGGGGUCACCUAGUCGUCCUGCUGCUACGACUCCACGCCAUUGCCGGUUCUGGAGCGUGUUAAGCUUUACCAUUAAACACAACAUUUCUCUAAA